GUUCUCAUUUCUCUUUAUAUAAGAGGAAGCAACCACUGCUGUCGCAGUGACCUGCAAUGAUGUGGCUUCUGUCUAUUUUUGUGUGUGGAUUCUACCUUACAUAUUGUAACAGCUAUGAUUGUUGUAAAACACCGGAGACAGAUUUAUGUCAGCUUUUCCCGAAACCUUGCUAUAAAGGUGGCAGGCAUCCUGAAAUCAAAAACUGUCCCGGAAAUAUAUUUGUCACGGCAGACAGGGGGAUGUUAACCAAGGCUGUUUACUGGAAUGAACCGUCUGCUAUAGAUUACGAGGAUGGACCCGUCAAAUUAAUCAUGAAAACUUCGGGGAGUAAGAAGUCGGGGGAUACCUUUGAAAAACAUUCUGUCAUUGGAUACUUUGCCAGGGAUUCUGAUGGAAACACGGCGAGUUGUUCCUUUAAUAUUUUCGUUACAGUCAUUCAUUGCCCAAGUCUAAGAUUGAGCCCUGACGCUAAAGUAACAUGCAACCAUGGUGACGAAAGAUACGGAACCGUGUGCCGCAUUGACUGUAGGUCUGGUUUUUCUCGCAUUGGCGUAUCACAGAUAGAAUGUCAGGCCACUGGAAAAUGGAGCGGUAUCAUUCCCACUUGUAUCGCCGUUCGCUGUCCGGCACUUCCUCCAAAAACCAAAACUCUAAACUAUACCUGCACCGACUAUUUUAAGUUCGGAAGCGAGUGCUCGCUUUUAUGUCUCCCUGGAUUUGACAUUCCACAAGGAGAGAGCAGAGUGAAACUUUGCCGAAGUGAUGGCAAAUGGCAGGGAUCAUUUCCAAAAUGCAUAGAUAAAUUCCAGCCAGAGAUAAGCCAUUGCGUACCCUUUGCGUAUGGUACUGCCGAUGAAAAUUCUACUUCUGGAAUUAUAGAUUGGAAAGAGCCAACUGUGUUUGAUAAUGACAACAGCACCGUAUUAAAAAGAAGUAGUAACAUUUUCCCUGGGGACAGGAUCGAGGCUGGAACACAUCGAGUAACCUACUCUGCAAUUGAUCAGGCUAAGAACACAGCCAGACCAUGUACCGUAACACUAUCAAUGAAAGUGUUAAGCUGUCCUCGUUUGUACAACAAUUACUACAUGUCUGUCACGUGUCCGUGGGGAUAUCAAUAUGGUGGAGAAUGCCAGUUCUCAUGCAGAAAUGGAUCUGAACUAAUUGGUACAAACACCUCAAAAUGUAUCAAAAUCGAAGAAGAUAUGUAUGCCCGAUGGAACUUUGAUGGACAACUUUAUUGCAAAGUCCACAGACGUUGUGUCGACCUGCCCCCUCCACCCAAGAAUGGCGCUGUAGUCUGUGACACGUGGUUAGAUGGAAGAUUUUGUCAGGUUCAGUGUCAGAAUGGUUAUGAUUUCCAACCUGGUUAUCGGUUUUAUGACAUGUUAGUUUGCGGGGAAAAUGGACAGUGGGAACCAGAGGAUGUUCUUCCAAUUCCAGAUUGUUCAAAGACGUUCAAAGUAACGGAAGCAUCAUUUAAAAUGUACGCCUCAUUUUACUACGAUGGCAAUUGCACGGAUCCAGUUGUACAGCAGAGCAUUAUUGAUACCUUAUCCAAGUCAAAAUUCAAUGACUCUUGUGCGCAAUACAAAAGUCAAUGCAGAGUAGAAAAUAUCCAGAUAAUAUGUGGUGCUACAAACAGAAAAAGAUCAGCAGAAAUGAAAAUCACAAUGGACAUUGUCAUAGAUUCAGAGGAGUUCCAAACAGAUCAGAGCUUCAUGGACAUUCAGAGUAGUAUGAUGAGUGCUUUGUCAAACGAAAGUUCAAACGGAAGUUUCGAGAUAACUCUUGGCGAUAACAUAACUUUGAAAGCCACUGAUUUGACUGCUGAAAGAGUAGCCUUUAAGUGCUCCAAUAACACUUUCCCAUCGUACACUACUUCCUCGUGCGUGGAAUGUCCAGCUGGGACACAUUAUAGUACAUCACUCCAAACCUGUCUACAGUGCCCCAAAGGCCACUACCAACCGUUAGAGGGACAGCCUGAGUGUCUUCAAUGUCCUGAUGAGACGACCACUGAGCAGAUCGGAGCCAAAUAUGUUGAGGAAUGUUUAGAGUCGUGUCUACCGGGAUACUGGUCUCAGACAGGGGUGACCCCCUGCUCCCCGUGUCCCCAGGGAUCCCAUGCGGAAGAUUAUGGAAGUUCAGUGUGUGUUGCAUGUCCUUCAUCACAAACAACUUUGAUGCAGGGCAGCAGUAACGCAAGCGAUUGUACACACUUCGAUAUAUUCUUGAGCUCUAAUGUAUCCAAGGCCAUUAUGGACAUCGACUUCACUCAGGAGAAAACCGGAAUCAUUCUCAGUGCCUGGCUACGAUUUCCAGUCGGUUCCAACACGACAUCUCCAUCACUGCAGUUUCAUGAAAGUGAAAGUUGGUUCAAAACAAUUUGGGUGAAGCACAAAUAUAUGCCAGAUAGUGGAAACAACUUUUCUGUCACGAUCGACCAUAAAGAUUGGGCAUUCGUUUUGUACUCAAUAAAUUUGGAGGAAUUUUCCAGAAUUAAUGAGAGCACUUCUAAGUUAAAAAUAACAGGUCCACUUAUUGUAUCUCAACUGAACAUUUGGUCCUCAAACUACACCGAAGGAGAAAUACAUAACCGAUCACAUCGCUGCAUUAUAAACGAGACUGGUGAUAUUUUGCCAUGGAAGGAUUGGGAAAUGGCUCGCCUUGAGAGAAGUUUGAUACAGAUACCUAGCCUAUGUGACGAUACAAACGAGUGUGAUGAACAUCCUUGUGGAGAUAAUACGUGUUUUAACGAACUGGAUGGUUUCUCGUGUGUCUGUAAGCCUGGAUACAGAGGACAGCAUUGUGAAGAGAAUAUAAACGAAUGUCUGACCAACAUAUGUCUGAAUAAUAGCACGUGUGUGGACGAAGUCAAUGAGUAUAUGUGCGUCUGUCCUCCAAACUACAAAGGGAAAUUCUGUGAAUUUCUUUUCUUAAAUGGUAACUGGGGGAAAUGGGACGAGUGGUCAUCGUGUUCCGAGACCUGUGGAAAUGGAACGAAAACACGAAAGAGAUACUGCAACAACCCAGCGCCAUAUAAUGGAGGACACAUAUGCAGCGGAAAUGACACAGAAAUUACCGACUGUUUUGUUGAAGAUUGUCCAGUAUGUACGAUUCUGGAGGCACCAUCGAACGGUUCCUUAAACUGCACCGGGAGUCCAGACACUGGAUUUAACUGCAGCAUAAGCUGCAAUAGAGGAUUUGACUUUGAUGAAGCUGUAAAACCAUUUUAUGAGUGUGGACCAAACACGUUCUUUUUGUGGGACUUUAAGACAAGUGAUAAUCCAAAUGGAAAUCUCCCGACAUGUAAUCCGACAAAAGAAAGCGAAGAACUGUCAGCUAGUUUCAUGGCGUUGUAUGAUAACCUGCAUUGUGACGAAGAAAACCGUGAAAAUAUAAAAUCUGAAAUAGAAGCGGUGGUUGAUGUCUUUUUGGAAGAAAUUCCUUGUGCACAGAGAGGAACUUGCAAUGUUAGUGACGUCAAUAUCUUAAAUUGCGGAAAGGAAUCCACACGAAAGAAAAGAUCCGUGGAAGAAAAACAAAUAACUGCAGGAUUUAAUGUCAAAUUUAUGUGCUCAACCAUACAAUUUGAUUCCGAAUUGUGUGUAAAGGACCUCAUAGACGCUGUAAGAAGUUUUAAAAACUCAUCCUUGAUACACAAACUCUCUGUUAAUGUAAGUGAAACUACCUAUGAAAUUGAUGUAAAUCAGACAGGUGUGAGAGGAGAGGUUCGGUGCGACACGGGAUACAUCAGCUCAGGAGUUAACUGUGUCCCGUGUGGUGUGGGUAAUUUUUUUGCCAAUGGAGAAUGCAACAAAUGCGAAUAUGGGUUUUACCAGAAUGAGCUGGCCCAGACAGUGUGUAAAAGUUGUCCUACUGGUACAACCACUCCAGGUCGAGCCUCCAGGGGACCGCGUAGUUGUUCAGUAAUGAUGAUUCUUCAGGAAAAUCACGAUGAAUUGUACACGGGAGUUGGGUUGAGCAUUGGUACGCUCAUAGUCGUCGUAGCUAUCGUAGCCGCACUCAUCUUCAAAUUCAGAAACAUGGAGUUCAAACUUGGACAGGACGGUGUUAAAGUUCAAAAGAAGUACAGUCAAGUAGACGCCUUUAACUUUAAUGAACAGGAGGUAGAGGGCGUUGCUCUUUGUACAAUAAAAAAACUCGAUGACAAUGAUGUUUACUAAAUUAGCACAUAUUGGUUGAUAGUGCUGGUCAAUCAACUUGCUAAUACAUGUAUGACGGGAGUUGCAUUUUGUAAUGGACAAAGUAUAAGCUCAUGCUAUACAUUUACAUACGAUCCAUGCCCUUUUGCAUAUAAACUGAAAAAUGUACAUUAUCAUGAUUAUUACUCAAGUUAACUGAAACCUGAAUAACUCAUGAAAGAAUAACUGUAUUGAAAGUAUAUAUAUCUAAACGGUGGCCAUAGUUACCUCCAGUCUUUUGGUAUCGGGCGUUGACAUGUUUGUGACUACCGUUUAUAAACAUUACAAUUUUAGUGGGUCCAUGUCUUUAGUCUGAUCCACUAUUCAUCAAUUCCUCGUAAAUCGAGACUAAUAAUAUCCAAUAUAUAAAUGAAUGCAUGUGUGUAUCUGUAUGUCGUAUACCCAUCAUGUGCCCAAAUUCAUUGCGGCCCUGCUGCAGUUUGCAAACAGCAGAGGAGAGACUCGCGAGAAGAACUCGGCAAACGAAUUUAAUAAGUUAGCAAGCUGUUAGCUGCAAUAAUAUAGCCCUCUCCGAUUUUUUGUUGGGGCGGGGGGGGGGGGCUACAACUUCUUAGGAUCUCCGUAAGUGGUUCACUCUCGCAACAUUUUCGAUCAUUCUAUACUUUUGCUGACCUUCUUUACGUAAAUAAAAAUUAUGACAUUCUGUGUUUCUUAGUCAAUAGAUAAAUUUACAACCUGCAACUUACGAUUUGUGAAGCUCUGUUCUACUGUUUUCAGCAAUGUCGAUAUAUUAUUUCUCGAUUCAUAUUUGUGCACCAUGUUUGAUGUACUGAAGUUUCAACUUCCGAUUGUCAAGUUCUUUGCAGAUGCCAUAUAGGGUAGUAUUUACGUCAAUGGACGAAUACGGAUUCAUUAUCAAGUUAAAAAACGAACAACAGAGUGUAAAUUCUUUCUGCAACUAUAUCAUUUCCUUUCCUUGUUGGAAUUGCUGGAGUAGCCACAUUUUCGCGCUGAUUGUAAAUAUUUAGGUUUUUCAGUAGAUCCACCUACGAGAUCUCGCGAUAACAAGCAUGGCGGAGAAGACGGAGAAUUUUGCAUGCUGUACAUGUUAUUUAAUGAAAAACACCUUUAUUACACAUGCCCAAGCACACAGUUGGUACUCGUUUUGGUGUAAACAACAUUUGGGACUAAUACACGGAGCUUAUAAUCGAUUAUUCAUAGAAUCAUUUUGCCCCAUUACGGAGAUCCUAUGGAAUUGUAGCCCUAUCCCGAAAAAGUCAGAAUAAAAAAAGUCGGAUAGGGCUACAUUAUUGCAGCUAGUAAGCUAUAUGUACAUUGUAAUUGUUCAUUAUUUAAAAUUAUUCUUACAAUUACUGAAUGAAUGGGUUCUAUAUCGUCAACAGAGGAUUUAGGAACAGUUCCCUCUGAGAGUUCAUCAAUACUCAAUGCACGAUGAUAUCGAUUAAAUUUAAUCAAAAUUUUAUAUCCUUUAUUUCUGAUUUUCGCUGGAGGGUGUAAAUAAUAAAUGGUAUUGGAAUGAAUUGUUUCUUUUUGUUAGUAGUCCUCUACCGGUGAAACAGAAGGAGAUGAUAGGUUUCGUCUGUCCGUCCGUCUGUCCCACUUAGUUUUCCGUACUUGAAAAUUUGGGAGCAUAUAGGUUUUGGUCUGUCCGUCUGGUUGUUUGCUCGCAAAACCUUUAACAUCGGCCAUAACUUUCAAAUGGAUCGUGAUAUGGCUUUCAUAUUUCCCAUAUGUAUUCUUUGUGAUAAGACCUUUCAUUUUGGUACAUGUACCAAAUGUUUCAACCUCUUGACCUUGGACUUUUGCCAUAUAGGGACAUCAGUGUGUCACAAAUACGCCUUGUUUCAUCAUACUUUGAUUUAGGAAGCUAUUUAUGUUUACUGAUAAAGUUUAAGUUCGUCACAGGUGAGUGAUUUUUAUGAGAUGUAUGAUAAAUUGUGCCGAAUUUUGUUUUUUCCGGAAUCUUUUCACCAUGCAUUAAAGGGACUGGUUCACGAUUUUUGAAAAAAAUAUUUUUCAUUUUUGAUGUUGAGCAUUAAAUAUAUAACUGAUUUAAUGUUGACAGCCAAAAUUUUGAACUUCUCAACGCAAGAAUAAAAGCAAUAUUUUAGCCUUAAAUUUGUGUUAUGUAAACAAAGACUCGAGUCUUUUCAUGUAUACAAACAAACCAGUGAAAUGUUAAUUUUGUAAUAUAAAGCAUCUUAAUUUUACAUAGUCACAAAUUUUAACUUUUAGAUGACACAUUUUACCCAAAGAAUGCUUGAAAUGUAAAAGAUAUAAUAAACUUAGAUCGAUAUAAAUUUCUUUUGAAAAUUUCGUAAACAACAACAUAUUACAAUCUUUGUUUACAAAACAAAUAAUAAACUCUCUAAAAUGAGCUUCUGUGAGGAUGUUUAACCUUAAUUUUUAUGUGAAAUCUUUUAAACACAUUAGAUAAUAGAUUUUGAUCAUUAGAAAUGAAAAACAAAAUUUUGGGGAAAAUCGUGAACCAGUCCCUUUAAUAUGGGAAGCGAAAAUUUGGUAUGUGAUAUACUGCUUUAUUUUUACAGAUCAAGUUUAAGUUUUCUCAGUUGCAUGUUACGAGAUUUAUUAUGAGAUUUGAUGCCGAAUAUAGUUCCACUUGGUUUUCCGUACUUUUUCAUCAUGAUUUGUUUAAGGAAGCUGAGAUUUGGAUAGUAUACUACUAAAUGUUUAUAGAUCAAGUGUAAGUUUCGUCUUACUUAAAUGAUUUUUUUUUCGAGCCUAGGGUUAUGGGACUUUGUGCCAAAUAUAGUUUUCCAGACUUUCUUUCGCUAUGCUUUAACUUAGAAAUUUGAUAUGUGGUUGAUACAAGUGAAGUUCAACUUUUGUUAAGGUUGACUUAUUCUAACAAAAAUUGUAAGACUCAAUUUCAUAUUUGAAUAAACUUCAGUUUUAUGUUUUCUAGACUUUUUCAUUAUGAUUUAAUUAAGGAAGAGGAUAUUUCGUAUGUGAUUUACUGAUAUAUGGUUACAAAUCAACUUUCAGUUUCGUCACAGUAGAUUUCUUUUUACGAGAUUUAUGGGACUUUGUGCAAAAAGUAGCUUUCUGGACGCCGUUUCAUUAAUAAGUGUAAAUUUUCAACUAACUAAGUCUUACGCCGACUACGUAAAUCUAGUUACGUAUAAUCUUAGUUUAGGGAAACCGCGUUUCACGAAACGACGUAAAUACAUGCUUACGUUACUACUCGAUUAAGUUUUCAACUAAGCUUACGUGCUUAGUUACCGCGUCCUGAGCAUUCGUACAUCUUACUUUCGCUUUUUUCACUUGUCGUCUGGACCAAAAUAAUGAAUGAAAAGAACGCAAAGAAAAUGCACAAGCGGAAUUGGGAGGAGACAGAGAUGGCCGUGUUGGCAGAGGCAGUAAAAAUUUUCCUAUACCAUACUAUUUGGGCACUGCAUACUAAAUCAAACAUAUCACUCCAUAAACAAAAUUUGUUUUUAUCUAUACAGGCCUAUGUAUACAUUUUACAUCUCUUCUUCUACAGAAAGUAGUUGUUUUAUGAUUUCAAAGGUUAUUAUAUUUUAAGUGCAUGUAGGUCGACACGAUAAUCUACAUUGUAUUAGAUACAGAUAUUAACUAUAUAUUUAUACUUUAAUUGGAUAAUUAAUGUAGACUCAUAGGCCUAAAUGUGUUUGAACAAAUUGAAUAUGUGUGCAUAUUUUACAGUUUGGGAAUAUAUACAAGCACUUACCAUCGUUUUGCAAAGUGACGGGGGGGGGGGGGGUGCAGCUGGGACAUAAAUUAGAUGUUGGUUUUUCAAAUAAUCUUUUUAUCUUGCGUUAUAACGCAAAAAAAAAAAAUGUUUUGUCCUAUCUGCAAAAUCCUAAUUCGAGGUGGGUUGGAGUGGGUGGUGUUGGAAUCUUUCGAAGUGAUUUCCACAAUUUUUAGCUCACCUGAGCUAAAAGCUCAAGUGAGCUUUUCUGAUCACCCGUAUUCCGGCGUCCGUCCGUCCGUCUGUCCGUUUGUAAACUUUUAACAUUUUUAACUUCUUCUCAAAAACCACUGGGCCAAUUUCAACCAAAGUUGGCACAAAGCAUCCUUAGGUAAAGGGAAUUCUAAAUUGUUAAAAUAAAGGGCCAGGCCACCUUCCAAGGGGAGAUAAUCAAGAAAAGGUAAAAAUAGGGUAGGGUCAUUAAAAAAUCUUCUUCUCAAGAACCACUGGGAUAGAAAAGAUGAGAUUUAUAGAUAAGCUUUAUUAGGUAGUGCAGAUUCUAAAUUGUUAAAAUCAUGGCCCCCGGGGAUCGGAUGGGGCCACAAUAGGAGAUCAAAGUUUUACAUACAAAUAUAUAGGAAAAAUCUUCAAAAAUCUUCUUCUCAAGAACCACUGAGCCAGAAAAGCUGAGAUUUAUAUGAAAGCUUCCUGAUAUAGUGCAGAUUCUAAAUUGUUAAAAUCAUGGCCCCCGGGGGUCGGAUGGGGCCACAAUAGGGGAUCAAAGUUUUAUAUACAAAUAUAUAGGGAAAAUCUUUAAAAAUCUUCUUCUCAAGAACCAUAUAGUGCAGAUUCAAGUUUGUUCAAAUCAUGGCCCCUGGGGGUUGGAUGGGGCUACAAGGGGGGAUCAAAGUUUUACAUACAAAUAUAUAGGGACAUUCUUUAAGAAUCUUCUUCUCAAGAACCACUGAGCCAGAAAAGCUGAUAUUCACAUGAACAGCUUCCUAACAUAGAGCAGAGUUAAGUUUGUUCAAAUCAUGGCCCCCUGUUGUAGGAUGGGGCCACAAUAGGGGAUCAAAGUUUUACAUACAAAUAUAUAGGAAUUUUUUUUUAAAAUUCUUCUCAAGAACCACUGAGCCAGAAAAGCUGAUAUUUACAUGGAAGCUUUCUGACAUAGUGUAGAUUCAAGUUUGCAAAAACUAUGGCCUCCAGGGGUAGGUUGGGGCCAUAAUAAGGACUACGGUUUUACAUGCAAAUAUAUAUAGAAAGUCUUCUGAUAUGGACCAAGGUGACUCAGGUGAGCGAUGUGGCCCAUUGGCCUCUUGUUUUCUCUCCCAGGGUUUCAUUGUCUUCAAUCGUGGGGGUGCUAUCUAGAGUCUUCAAUUAUGAGUGCCUCAAAACAUUUUCCUACAAACAUCAUGUGUGUGGGGGGUGGGGGUGGGGGUAGACUUCUUCUAUUAAUGCUCAUGAUCAUACCUCACUAAAUAGUUUUUAUUCAUAAAUUCCUCUCAUUCACUUACAGUACAAAAUUGAAAGUAGAGUAGCAACGCAGGGUGACCACCACCCCCCCCCCCCCCCACCCCCUCCCAUUCACUCCGGUUCGUGCCUGAUAUACAUGUACAUGUAGAUGUUUUUCUUUAUUUGAUAACAUAAAAUAUAUAUUUGUACGGAUUAUUCUGCACAUCAUUUACCACCGGAAUUCGUCAAGCAUCAGACUGUUACGAAGAGCCUUUUUUUUAUUUGGAAGAACUUUAUUAUCAUAAUAUAGUUAUAUGAUGUAUCUCUUAAGACGGGCUAUUUUUCAAGAUUUAAGAUAUACAAUGGAAAAUAGUAGAUCUUAAAGUAACUGUUCAUGAAAUAUACAUUACACUCCCGUAAAUCCACCCACCAUACGACAGAGAUCGAAUUGAAUCGGGCUCGCUAAUCAUUGUUCCAAGUUAGUUAGAGCGGAAGUUUUGAAGAGAUUUAUAAAUAGCUUAAUUAUAUAUAAUACAACAAAGUGAAUGUUCCCUUUACGGUGGACUACUUUACAAAGGGAGUUGGGAAUAACACUGUACAUUCAUCAUUCAUGUACAGAUAGACACUUGUGAAAAAUAAUCAUACAGUAAAGGCAAGCCAUAAAUUUAUUAGUUUUCAAAGGGAACUAACCCUUAUGGCCUUACAUAUUUAUCGUUGUAAACGUCUAAAAGCAUCCUGUCUUGAAAAAAUUGAUCACGACGCAAAGCUCGUCGGUAAAAAUUCCAUAUAUAUUUACAAAUAGCUAACAGUUGGCCAUGAUUUUUGCUUACGUAGGUACUUACGUACGGGUUCGACCUGACGUAGUGUUUCUACUAGUUGGUAGAAAACUUGCGUAAAUUCUAAUCUUACGCCAUUUGAUGAAACGGACUUACGUAAAAUAUUUAGUCUAGUCAGAAAGUUACGCCAAACUAAGCUUACGCAACUAGUUACGAUGUUUGAUGAAACGGCGUCCUGAACCUUUCUCUACUUUAUUUUAGCUUGAGAGUCUGAAUUUUAUACGUGGUUAUUGAAUGCAUGAGUAGAUAUAUAUCAAGUUUCAUUUUCGUUAGUUAUUUUUAGUCAAAUUUGUAACUGAAUUAAUUCUUGUUCUUUGUGUAUUUCUCAGCAUUUUUAUUGUAUUUUUUUUUAUUGUGAGAGAUUUAUAUGAUUUAACAUAUUCCAAUUCGCAAUCGAGUCGGUCAGAUUAGCCGCAUCUAUUUAAAAGAAAUCAAAAUUAUAAUAUUUCCUGGUAUUAGAAAAUGUCCACUCACUUUUCCAAAUAUCCGGUAGGGGACAUGUAUUGCUCUUGAAACACUCUCAGAACGCUUUUUCUCCGUCCCAUUCUAUAUUUUGUGGCUGCUUUCACUAGACGUCUUUAGCUAUAGGUGAAUUUUGACCUGUGCGUGAAAGUCAAGAUCGUAGAUGUGACACGGGACCUCCAUUUUUAGGGUCUUAUCUGAGAGACAUGCGACUUUUCCUGGUAUUGCCCGGCUCUUAGAAAAGAGCAAUUACGACCUUAAGUUUGAUGAUUGAACCCGAGGCCUCCCGUAUGUAAAGCGAACGCCCUAAUCACUAGACUACCACGCCCGACAUAGAUAAUAAGUAUUUCUGUGACUAAGGACGAGUAAGGAACAUGUGUCUUUAAAAUAAUAUUUAGAAUGCUUUUUGAAACUAAUACAACGACAUACUAUUUUUUAUAUGUCUAUUAAAAACAAUUCAUAAUUGUCUUUAUUAUUAGUAUAACCAUAUUACAGUAUUAUAACUUUUUGGUGGUAUUUCAUACAUUGUAAAUCUCUCUACAUUUUUUUCAAACAUAAUCAUUAUUUUAUAUAGUAUGUGCAUAUACCUGUAUGUAAUGGUAUGAAUGAUAGUAUGAAAGUGGGGUUUUUUUUAAUGUUUAUUUGAAAUGAACUGUACAUAUAGUUUGUUGAAUCCAGGCCCCCAACCCUGGCAGCAAACUUUAUAUUGUCUAAAUGGAACAAUAAAAACCAUUUAAGCAAC